UCUUCUCACGCUGCAGCUUCAUCCUCCAAGACCUCUCUCUUGUGCCUAGGCCUUCCCUGCUGCGGCUAUAUUGCCUGCAUGUACUGCUGAUGGGGAACUACUGUAGGGGAGAGCAGAGGGCGCAUCAUCAUUAACCAAGCGAGGGCCCUCCAGCUCGCUGCCAGACCCCAUGUGCUCACCCACUGGGAGUCAGACUUCAAAGAAGUGAUGAAGUGACAGAACCACAGGCAGAGGAACUUGUGAAAGUGACACGGCUGUACUGUAAAAACGCUAGCCCACAGACUUUGCUGCCAGAGGAACUUAACUGCCAGCGCUGAUAGACCUGAGAAGAGGAUUGCCUGAGACAUGGAGCGAGAACCGAUGCGCAUAAGGGAGGGCUACUUGGUUAAGAAGGGCAGCAUGUUUAAUACCUGGAAGCCAAUGUGGGUCGUGCUCUUAGAAGAUGGAAUUGAAUUUUACAAGCGGAAAGCUGACAACAGCCCCAAAGGGAUGGUCCCACUAAAAGGAAGCUCUAUUAACAGCCCAUGCCAAGAUUUUGGCAAAAGAAUGUUUGUCUUCAAGCUCACUGCGGCCAAGCAGCAGGACCACUUUUUUCAAGCUGCCUACCUGGAGGAGAGAGAUGCCUGGGUACGGGAUAUCAAGAAAGCAAUUCAUUGCAUAGAUGGAGGCCAAAGGUUUGCCAGAAAAUCCACAAGAAAGUCUAUCAGACUGCCUGAAACAAUCAACCUGAGUGCUCUGUACCUCUCAAUGAAAGACCCUGAAAAGGGAAUAAAGGAGUUGAAGCUGGAAAAAGAUAAAAAAGUGUUCAAUCACUGCUUUACAGGCACCUCUGUGAUUGACUGGCUGGUGUCUAGCAACUCCAUCCGAAAUCGCAAAGAAGGUCUCAUGCUUGCCUCUUGCCUCUUGAGUGAAGGCUACCUACAGCCUGCAGGGGAUACGUCCAAGACUGCUGCUGAGGGACUGUCAGACACCCCCUUCUUAGAUCUUAGCGAUGCCUACUAUUACUUCCCAGACAGUGGGUUUUUCUGCGAGGGAAAUUCUAGUGAUGAUGAUGUGGUCCUGAAAGAAGAAUUCAGAGGCAUAGUAGUCAAACAAGGAUGUUUGCUGAAACAGGGACAUCGGAGGAAGAACUGGAAAGUGAGAAAGUUUGUUUUAAGAGAGGACCCGGCAUAUCUUCACUACUAUGAUCCUGCUGGAGGAGAAGAACCACUAGGAGCAAUUCACUUGAGAGGCUGCGUGGUGACUGCAGUGGAAGAUAUGCCAGACUCCAAGAAGUAUGACGUUGACAACAUCCUCUUUGAAAUCAUCACAGCAAAUGAAGUCCACUACUACUUGCAAGCAGCCUCAUCUGCAGAGCGUACAGAGUGGAUCAAAGCAAUUCAGGCAGUUGCUAGGACUGGAAAAUGAAGAUGAUCUGCCAGUGAGAAGACAGACAACUGAAAUUAGUUACUCAAAACAAAAGAGGAAUUUUAGCAUUUCACUGAGAGAAAGCAAUAUCAUCCAGAAAGAUGUCCUAAGGCUUGCGGGUUGGGGGUGAGGGUGGGUAGUAAGUUUCAAUUCUAUAGUGGGCACUAACAAACUAACAUUUUCUCCACUUCUGUUAUGGUAAUAUUUUACUAAAUUAUAGCAUAGAACAUGUCAUAUUAGUGUGUGCUGCUUAGAGUAAUCAAUCUACCUUGGGAAGGUUGUACCUUAUACUUUUCCCUGCUGCCACAGCUGAUAGUAAGAAUUUUACCAUUAACAGGGGACAGUCUCAUGUCACUGUAAGUGAGGAACUCAACCAGUCACCUACCAUUCAGCCUGUGUUGUGUUUCAGUAUCUUCAGAUAUUUCAAAGACUUCCCAAGACAAACUUUAUGCUUUCUUCUUUACCGGAUCUUUUUACUGCUUGCUCAUCUAUACAAGUAAUGCCAUAGAUUUAAGGAAAGAAAUCAACUCCCUUGGAAACCUGAGCCUCUCCUUUAUAAUCCUUCAGUGUUAAGGAAGGGAAGAAGGCAGACAGCUAUGGAAACGCCAUGCAGAAAGCAAGUACAACUCAAUGACAGCGGUAUGAGGAAAAGUCUCUUCCCACAGUAUUUCAAACACGAAGCGAUCUCAGUUCAACUUCUUUAUCACCUGAUUUUGACCUUUGCUAAAUUUCUCCACAAGAAUCUGCUCUAGGACCAUUGUUGCCCUUCAUUUAGAUCUCCAAAGCAGUUGCUAGGGUGUCAUGCACUGCUGACUUGACCUGUAUUUGAAUUAAGAAUCUUACAGGAGAAGGGAAAGGAUCCGUGGGUUACUUACUUGAACUACUGAUGGAAGUGGUUUUGUUUAGGUUUUUCUUUUUUAACCUCCAUCAACAUACUCAGUCCUUGGUUCUGUGCCUUAGUAAUAUAAAAGAAACCCUAUGCUUGCUGUAACUCAAAUAAACGUUAUUAAUUGGCAGGGUCAGUUUACUUGAUCAAUCCU